AUGAUUCCGACAAAGAUGUCUGCGGCACGAGCCGCUUCCCUGCGGUCUCAAGCACCGACUCUCAGAGCAUCAUCCCAACGGCUGUCUACUAGGACUGCUCAAUACUCAUCUGUCUCUGCGCAAAAGCUCGCAUUUUCCAACAGCAACCGAGCGGUUCUUCAAUCCUCUUCCACUUCGGCCUUCAAAGCUGUGUCGCCGUUUGCCGCUCUCCCUUUGACCCGUUCUUUCCACGUCGCAACAUCCCUCUGGCAGCAACAGCAGCAGCAAAAGCAACAGGAGGAAAAGAAAGAAGAAGAGCCCAAGUCUGACUCACAGGGUGAAGAAUCCAAGGAAGAAGGCAAGGAAAAGAAGGAAGAGAAGGCUCCGCCCCCACCUCACGGAGACAAGUCUCCCUGGCAGGUAUUCCGUGAGACCUUGCAGACCGAGUUCAAGGCCUCUAAGGAAUGGGAGGAAUCAACCAAGGCACUGGCAUCCUCCGCCCAUCAAUUCUCUGAGAACGAGAACGUGAGACGUGCGCGCGCCGCUUACGAGGCUGCCUCAACCGCAACAACCUCCAGAACAUCCACCGCCUUUAAGACAACUGGUCAGGUCAUCGGCAAGGGAGCUGCUUGGACGUGGAACACCGGUGUCGUGAAGGGUGUCCGCAAGGGUGUUAACGCAACCGGAGAGGGACUCGAGAAGGCCACGAGGCCUGUUCGAGAGACUGAAGCGUACAAGAGUGUGAAGGAUGCCAUUGAUGAUGGCAGCAGCUCCCGCUACGGUGGCUGGGUUGAGAAGGAGGAGCGUCGCCAGGCGCGCGAACGCCGCGAGGAGCUCGAUCGCAAGGCUGGAAAGACUCAUUUCGUCGAGGAAAGAGUUGAGAACCCCGAUGCCGGUACCAAUGUCACUGUCCACAAAGAUGCCGCCUGGAAGGACUCUUGGCGAGACUUCAAGGACUCCAAUCCCAUGAUGCAGAGACUCUUCUCCAUGAAGGAAACAUACAACGAGUCCGAGAACCCGCUCAUCAGCACAGCCCGCAGUAUCUCUGAUAAGAUUGGAGGCUUCUUUGCCGAGAACGAGACCGCUCAGGUCAUCAAGAAGUUCCGGGAGAUUGAUCCCAACUUCCAGAUGGAACCUUUCCUGCGGGAAAUGCGUGACUACAUGCUGCCCGAAGUCCUCGACGCCUAUGUGAAGGGAGAUGUCGAGACCUUGAAGCUCUGGCUCUCCGAUGCUCAAUACCACGUCUAUGCUGCUCUUGCCCAGCAAUACACCACAGCCGGUCUCAAAUCAGAUGGCCGGAUUCUGGAUAUCCGUGGUGUUGAUAUUUCACACGCCCGUAUCUUAGACCCUGGUGACAUCCCCGUGUUUGUCGUUACCUGCCGCACCCAGGAGAUUCACGUUUACCGUAAGGCCAAGACUGGCGAGCUUGCCGCCGGUACGGACGACAAGGUGCAACUGGUCACUUACGCCAUUGGAUUGACCCGUAUCCCUGAAGAAGUCAACAAUCCCGAAACCCGUGGAUGGAGAUUGAUCGAGUUGCAGAAGGCUGCUCGCGAUUACAUCUAA